UCAUGGAUGAAAAUAGCAAUGAAUUGAGACCAUAAGAAUGAAAAUCGAAAUAUUGAAACCAUAGGGAAGAAUCCAUAAUUUUUAACAAACCACAAGGACUAAAAGUGUAAUUUUAGUCAAAAGAUUAAUAAGAGCCCUGACGACCACUCCAUUAUUACAUUCAUACCCUCCUUCCUCCAUGGUCCCCAUAAGUCCUUAAGGUUUCACAAUGGCAUAGACUGGGAGGAAGAAGACGAGAGAGAAUCUCGAAACGGAAUCCUUCAAUUUGCCAGCGACGAAUCAUUUUCCGGCGAUUUAGGAGAUCGGAUCCGGAUUAUCCUUUCAUCAAAUUCUGAGAUCUAGAUUUGAUCGCUGUUUGCAUAAGGAAGAAGAACGAGAUCGGUAGCUUGAAUCUGGAUUCUUAUGACGAUUCAAAAAAUUGUGAUCCAUCAGUAUACGGUGGAACGACCGCAGCCGUUGUUAGAAGUACAAUAUUCAAGUCACAAUAGGUUGGCGGAGGUCGCUGGUGGAACGACGGCUGAGUGUGCAGCGGUCUGUUGUUGCUGUCCGUUCGCUUUGGUGAACUUGUUGGUUCUGGCGGUGUACGGAGUUCCGGCAGGGCUGUGCCGGAAGGCGUUAAGGAAGAAGCGCCGCCGUAGGCUUUUGAAGAAAGGAUUGUUGGUCCAGGAUGGCGAUGUAAGUAGUCACCGUGGGAGUAGUAGCUACGACGCGGCGGAGUUAUUGAUCCAUGAGGCGAUCAGGUACGACGUGACGGAGGUGUUGAUCGAUUCUCCGGCGGAGAGAUUUAUGAUGGCGGCCGAUAGUGACGUGAUUGAAAUAGAGAAUGAAAUGUGGGACAAGUUCUACGGAACGGGGUUUUGGAGAAGCGCUUCACAAAGAGUCGAUUGAUUUGAUGAUCACGAAACGACAUCAAUGCCGACCUCCUGAUGAGUCAUGCACAUGUGAAUUGUACGAUAGCUCGGAGUCAUUACAUUUGAUCCUUCGUGGCCACAAGAAGAUUUUUA